AUGGAGUUUCAUGAACUUCCUAUUGUGAAUGAAAAGAGUUUCAUACAGACAGGCAAUAUCCCCACCAUAGAUAGUGAUGUACAGGCCAAACUUCGAAGCUUAGGUGAACCAGUAACCUACUUUGGUGAGAACAAUUCGGAUAGAAGAGAAAGAUUGAUUGGAUUGUUAACUGGGAAUGACAUAGAUAUGGAAGAAGGAGGAGAGGAAGUCCAAGAAAUGGAAGACGAAGAAGAGGAAGAAGAAGAAGAAGAGGAAGAAGAAGAGGAGUUUUAUACACCAGGAACUGAAGAGGUUCUUCAAGCUCGUACAGAUAUUCUUGUAUACUCAUUGAAGAAAGCAGCAGUGAGAAGUACCAGACAAAGGGAGCAAAGUAGGAAGCAAGAUUUUAUUAAAACCCUCAAACAUCGUCGUAACAUUAAUAAGAAAUUGGAACUGCUUGAGUUGUACGGAUCGCAGGCAAUCACGGGCAAUACAAGAGCACUCUCUAGCGUUCGGUUUUCUCCCAACAAUGAACAAAUUGCAGUUGGUUCUUGGGACGGGUCAUUGACUAUUAUUGGGAAAUCUGAUUUGAAAACCGUAGCAAGAGGGGUUGGAUUUCAUAAGGAGAAGGUUAGUGCCCUUGAUUGGUUUGAGAAGAAAGUGGUGACAGGAGGUGCUGAGGGACAUAUCAACGUAUGGGACAGCACAAACAUAGGUACCGACACCAAUAUAAAACCAUUGACUAGAGUAGAAGAAGCACACCUGGGAUAUAGAAUCACAGAAACCUCGUUCCAUCCUUCGGGGAAAUACAUUGCAUCCACAUCAUUUGACCAGACUUGGAAAUUAUGGGACUCCAAUACAAUGUCUUGCAUAUAUCAACAAGAAGGACACUCAAAGGAAGUCUAUUGUGGAUCAUUCCACCCAGACGGUGGCCUCUACGUUACGGGGGGACUUGAUGCUCUAGCGAGGGUGUGGGAUUUACGAUCGGGGAGAUCCAUAGCUGUGCUAGAGGGACAUAUCAAAGGGAUAUAUUCCAUGGACUGGUCUCCUAAUGGAUUUCAUUUGGCUACUGCUAGUGGUGAUUGUUCUGUGAAAAUUUGGGAUAUGAGAAGACCUACAAAGGAGUUAUUUUCCAUUCCAGCACAUACAAAAUUGGUCAGUGAUGUCCGAUUCAUACAAACAAACUCAAUGGAAUUACCCGCAGUUACCGAUGGAAAUGAUUCCAACCCUACUCAAUUGAAUGCUGACGGUACAUUUUUGGUUACAAGUUCAUUUGAUGGCUUGGUUAAUGUUUGGAGUUCAGAUAAUUGGAUAAAAUGUAAAAGUUUACAGGGCCAUAAUGACAAGGUUAUGAGUUGCGAUGUUAGUAAGGAUGGACAAAUAAUUAGUAGUGGAUGGGAUAGAACUGUAAAAUUAUGGGGGAGUGUAAAUUAG